GCCGCCCCAGCAGUCCCUCGGGCCUCGGGCGAUGGGCCCAGGAGGCGCCGACGGGCGCGGGUCCGCGGAGGCCUUGCCCCCGCCGUUCGCGCGCGUCGCCCCCGCGCUUUUCCUCGGGAGCGCGCGCGCCGCGGGCGACACGGAGCUGCUGACGCGCGCGGGCGUCACUCUGUGCGUCAACGUCUCCCGCCAGCAGGCUGGGCCGCGCGCGCCCGGUGUGGCACAGCUGCGCGUGCCCGUGUUCGACGACCCGGCCGAGGACCUCUUCGUGCACUUGGAGCCCACCUGCGCCGCCAUGGAGGCCGCCGUGCGUGCCGGCGGCGCCUGCCUGGUCUACUGCAAGAACGGCCGCAGCCGCUCCGCCGCCGUCUGCACGGCCUACCUCAUGCGGCACCGCGGACUCAACCUGGAGCGCGCCUUCCAGACGGUGAAGAACGCCCGCCCUGUAGCCGAACCCAAUCCGGGUUUCUGGUCUCAGCUCCAGAAGUACGAGCAGACCCUGCAGGCCCAGGGGCGCCUGCCCCGGGAGCUGGCCGACCCCAGCAGCGGGAGGCCACGACCCCAGUGAACCGCACCGGUCAGCCUCGGCGUCGCCACAGGGUGCCCUUGCGGGGGCGACGCGGGCCUGCGGCCAUGGCUGGAGGGACAGAUGGCACAGCUGGGCAGGGCCUCUUCCCCCUCCAGAUGGCAGUGCAGGGAUAGGCCCACCUGGGCUCUCAUUGGCUAGAUAGCUUACUCUGCUCGGCGGACUUUGGUCGAAUGAACCACUGCAGAGAAAGUGCGCUCAGGGAGUGGAGGCUGGAGAGCCAAGGACAGUAGGUGAGGCCUGGCUGGCUGCACCUGGGGACCGCAGGCAGCUGCUGCAGCCUCAGUAGGCUCAGGCAGCCACCCAAACCUCCCGGGCCCCUUCUCAGAACCUAGCAAGAGAGCGAAGCUGUUGCAAUAGGGCGGAAGGUGUCAAUUCCCACCUCCCACUGUACUUCACUUGUCUCAGCAACAUGGUGCUCGACCUGACAUCACACUGCCACUCAUCAUGCCAACCACGUGCUGGGCCUCCCCAGGUGUGGAGGGGGAGCCCAUCACCUCUUCCAGUUCAGACCCCACCUCACUUGGACAUCUUGUGGCCUCCAGACUCCUAGAAAAUUAGUCACCAUCUACACUCCUUGAAUGAGAUAAUGGAGAAAGAGCAAAGGAGAAUGUGGGUGAUGUGUGUGAAUUACAGAUAAUGCAGUCAUGGGCUAAUAUACAGAAUAUAUUUAAGGCAAUGAAUAAAGCACCGUAGUUGGUA